AUGGAAUUGCCGGUAAAGGCGCCGGUUCCCGGCCACCGGAAAACCCCUUGUAAGAUAGAAGCCAAAAAUCUGUCCUACAAGUUGUGCAGCAGCUGGAUUGAUGGAUUGAAUUUUAUGUCCUGCAUUCAGACACAAAAGAGAGCUCCAAAGUUCAUUUUGAAGGACAUAAGCUGCAGAGCUAUGCCUGGGGAGAUCACAGCAAUUGCAGGUCCUAGUGGUGCAGGAAAAAGCACACUGCUGGAAAUUCUCGCAGGAAAGAUACCGCCAAGCAAUGUCAUUGGUCAGGUUCUUGUCAAUGAUCAAACUAUGGAUGCUAAAAGUUUUCGGAGGAUUUCGGGAUAUGUUACCCAAGAUGAUGCUCUAUUCCCUCUUCUCACUGUUGAAGAAACACUUACAUAUAGUGCUCUUCUAAGGCUGCCUGGUGGGCGAAAAGAGGCCACCAAAAGGGUGAGAGUGCUGAUGAAGGAGCUUGGGUUGGAUCACGUGGCGAGUUCGAGGAUUGGUGGGGGAUCGAAUCGAGGAAUUUCGGGUGGGGAAAGGAGAAGGGUUUCGAUUGGAGUUGAUUUAGUUCAUGAUCCUGAUGUCAUUUUGAUUGAUGAACCGACAUCAGGAUUGGAUUCAGCAUCUGCUGUCCAUAUAGUCUCAUUGCUUAAAACAAUGGUUGUUAAUCAAAGUAAAACUAUUGUUCUAACAAUCCAUCAACCGGGUUUCCGAAUCCUUGAGCAGUUUGAUCAAAUUGUUUUGCUCUCAAAUGGGUUUGUUCUUCACUGUGGAUCAUUGAAUCUUCUUGAAGAGAGGCUUAGGUUUGCCGGUCAUUGCAUUCCUCGGCAUGUCAAUGUGCUUGAAUUUGCCAUUGAUGUUACAAGCAGCUUGGUCUUCCAAACAUGGGAAACUCUCACCCACCAGCAUUACAAGGGCAAAAAGGAUGCUGAUGAAAACAAAACAGAUGAUGAAAUGAGAAUCCAAUGCUGCACUAAUAUGAAGGAAAAGCUCCUUUUCUACCCAAAUUCCCAAUUUGAAGAAGUUCAGAUUCUAGGACAGAGAUUUUGCAACAACAUAUUUAGAACCAAGCAACUGUUUGCUGCAAGAAUAAUACAGGCACUAGUAGCCGGAUUGGUACUCGGGACUAUAUUCCUGAAUGUGGGCAAUGAUGCAGGAAAGGUUGCUUUACAAACCCGACUGGGGUUUUUCGCAUUCAGCCUCACCUUUUUACUGUCUUCCACAACAGAAGGCCUGCCAAUUUUCUUGCAAGAGAGAAGAAUUUUAAUGAGGGAGACUUCCAGAGGAGCCUAUAGAGUAUCCUCUUAUGUUCUAGCAAACACACUGAUCUUCCUUCCUUUUCUCUUGUUGGUCAGUCUUCUCUACACCACGCCAGUUUACUGGCUGGUAGGACUAAGGAAAGGCAUUGAUGGUUUUCUGUACUUCUCUCUGAUAGUAUGGAUGGUCAUGCUGAUGGCGAAUUCUUUCGUAGCGAGUUUCAGUGCUCUCGUACCGAACUUCAUCAUGGGGACAUCAGUAAUUGCAGGCUUCAUGGGAUCUUUCUUCCUCUUCUCCGGUUAUUUUAUAUCGAAAAACAACAUACCCAGUUAUUGGAUUUUCAUGCAUUACUUGAGUCUGUUUAAGUACCCAUUUGAGUGUUUUAUGAUAAAUGAAUUUGGAGGAGAGCAAGGGAAGAGAAGAUGCAUAGAGAGUGCAGGAGUGGAGUGCAAAUUAUAUGGGGAUGGAUUCUUGAGGCAGCAAGGCCUGAAAGUGUCACAGAAAUGGAGCAAUUUAGCUGUGAUGUUGGGUUUCAUCGUUGGGUACAGAGUACUUUGUUUUUUGAUUCUGUGGUACAGAUGUUACAGAACCAAAAAUUAG